UCUCAGAGAAAACUGUACAGAGAUGUGAUGCUGGAGAACUAUAGAAACUUGGCUUCACUGGAUUUAUCAACAACGUGGAACCCAGAAAUGAAACAGUUGUUUCAGAAUUCUUUCUCAUGGAAGUGACAGAGAGUCCAGAACUGCAAUCACUUGUUUUCAGCCUGUUCCUGUCCAUGUACCUGGUCACCAUCCUAGGAAACCUGCUCAUCAUCCUGGUUGUCAGCUCUGACACCCACCUGCACACCCCCAUGUAUUUCUUUCUCUCCAAUCUGUCCUUUAUUGACAUCUGUUUAAGCACAACCACUAUCCCAAAGAUCCUGAGGAACGUCCAAGCUCAGAAUCAGAGCAUCAGUUAUACAGGCUGCCUCACACAGGUCUGCUUUGUCCUGGCUUUUGCAACUUUGGAUAGUUGUCUUCUUUCAGUAAUGGCCUAUGAUCGCUAUGUGGCCAUUUGUCACCCACUAAGGUACAUGGUCAUCAUGAACCCCCACCUCUGCGGACUGCUGAUUCUUCUCUCCCUGUUUAUUAGCAUUAUGGAUGCCCUCCUCCACAGUCUGAUGGUGUUGCGACUGUCCUUCUGCACAGACCUGGAAAUCCCCCUCUUCUUCUGUGAAAUUGUUCAGCUCACCAAGCUUGCAUGUUCUGAUACCCUCAUCAAUAACAUUCUGAUAUAUUUUGCAUCCAGCAUAUUUGGUGGCAUUCCUGUGUGUGGAAUCAUUUUCUCUUAUUUUCAAAUAGUCUCCUCUGUUUUGAGAAUGCCAACACUUGGUGGAAAGUUUAAAGCUUUUUCCACCUGUGGGUCUCACCUUGCAGUUGUAUCCUUAUUCUAUGGGACAGCUUUUGGCGUGUACUUUAGUUCUUCUCUUACUAACUCUUCCAGAAUCACUGCAGUGGUUUCAAUGAUGUAUACUAUUUUCCCUCAAAUGAUGAACCCCUUCAUCUAUAGCCUGAGGAACAGGGACAUGAAGGGAGCCCUGAGGACACUCAUCAGUAUCUAGAAUACCUUUCCUUCUUGAUUGUGUCAUCUGCUUAGGCCUGGGGUUCCUAGAAUGACUCAAAGUGGCAGAAAUAUUGGGUGAGCCAGGAUGCCUGAUUCUUGCAUCAUUAUAUUUUUCUAAAGUAACCAGAUAACAUAACAGGUAAGUGAAUUUUAACUUGGGGUUGAAACUUGACUUGCUCUUGGUAUAGCUCUGUGAUGUUUCAAAAAUGGGUUCCAUUAUCUAAGUUCAGUUUCUUUGGUCAGGUCCAUUGAGCUGAACCUGAGGCAAAGAUUUUAGUGAUUUUGUAUGAGCAUUCCACAGAAGAAGAAAAGUAGAGAAGUUGGGUGGGUCAGGGAGAGGAUCCAAACAAGUGUGUGGUCAUCGAGACGUGAUUCUGCCGAUUCCAUAACUAGUGGCAUAUGAAUGCACCCCAGAAAUAAUCCUACUGUGAGACAUGGGAGUAGCUUAUCUUUCAUACCUAAUUCAGUAAUUUCCAAGACUGGUCACUAGAAAACUGUAUCUGUGCAAAGGCACCAUCAGCAUUCACUACACUCAGUUUCAUUAUCUGUACAAUUGCUUAAUUUGAUUAUCUCAAGUGGUUUGAGAUGAUUGUGAAACAUUUGAUCUUGAUCAGUGAGGAAGCCCUUGUUUGUACUAAGAGAAAGUAACCCUGAUUCUAAUAUACACAAACAAUAAAGCGAGUUAUGUUAUUGACAAGGGCUUCAGAGGUAGGGAAUGUAGAGGAAAAUUCAUUCACUGUUCUAUUUGGUGGCUAUGUCUUGGGCUAGUUACCCCCAUGGGUCCACACAGCUGCAACACAUACAGGCAUCAUAUCCAGGCAUGAUGCCCAGAGACAGAAAUCUGACUGUCCUACUCUGGCUCCGUUUUUACUUGACAUUGCACGGAAUCAUCCAGAAUAUAUCCCCUUUAAUCUCUUCACUGAGAAUAGGAUCAUAUAUUACCUACUUAAUCUAAUUCUUGGUGUGUAGAAAAUGAUUGCUAUGAGAGUCUCAGACUGACAAUAUGGAGUGAAAAUCCUGCUAGGAAGUCUAUCCGCAUAAGCACUACAAACACUUAGGACACUGCCUGACACCUACUAAGUACUCAAUAAAGUUUAACUGCUGUCAUUGUGUUCCAUACUUUGCCUAUAUAGUCUUUUUUUGUGUGUGUGAGGAAGACUAGCCCUGAGCUAACAUCCGAUGCCAAUCCUCCUCUUUUUUCGCUGAAGAAGAGUGGCCCUGGGCUAAGAUCCGUGCCUAUCUUCCUCUGCUUUACGUGGGACGCCCCUUUAGCAUGGCUUGACAAGGUGCGUCAGUGUGUGCCGGGGAUCCGAACUCGCGUACCCCGGGCCACUGAAGCGGAGCGCGCAGCGCACUUAACCUCUGUGCCACCUGGCCAGCCCCUUGCCUAUGUAUUCUUAAAUCUUGUAAUCCUAUUGGUCUCUCAUACUUUUACUACUUGCUUCAGCAAUUAGAUUUGUUUUCUUUUAUUGCUAUAUUUAUCAGUUGCUUUUUCCGGUCUGAGUAAUAAAAUAAAUAAUUAUUAGAUAAGCAGGGCAAAGGUUGGUAAUCUCCUUCUGGAAUCUUAGUGCUGUUAACAUUCUCAUUGACUUAUUUAUAAGAAUAUAUCUGGGUUUUCACUUUUGUCCUUGGUCAUCUUUUAUU